GAGGAUCUCCAAUGCUACCUUGCAGAUCUGCCCUGCUUCAAAGUGAAUUUCCCAGUAUUAGUCGUAUCGUACGAUAUUUGCCAGAAUAUAUUUUAACAAAACCUUGCAAGAAGUGUCCACGCAUAAAAAAAAGGAAGAAAGGCGUGUUUCGUUACGUCAAACGAUACGUUCUCGCCGAAGGUGCACGUCUCGCCGUAACUUGUCCAGAAUCGACUAUAGAGACGCAAGUAAUUUGGAAAAAGGACGCGCUUACUUUGAAGAAGGGAACGGCUCAGUCAUUUCGUCAAAAAGAUAGAGAAGCCCGAGUGAUAAUAGAUACUUUCUCAACGCUCUAUUUAACAGACGUGUCCCAAGAAGAAGAAGGUAAUUAUACUUGCUACGUAAAUAACAUUAAUAUGAUGCGCAUGAAGAUCAUCGUUGUACCUAAAACUCGGCUUUUGACGCAAGGCAUUCUUCGGAGAUGUGUAAGCUGCAGAUCGAGAGGAGAUUUAGGCUCGUGUAAAGAUCCUUUCACUAUGAAUUCUACACAAAUUGCGCUCGAAAAAGGCAUCGACGCGGUGCCGUGUGUUUCCGGAUGGUGCGGAAAAAUCAUCGAGAGUCAAAAUUUAAACAACGAAUACGGUAUCGCCACGCAGAGAUUGUGUUUCCAGCGAGGUCCUGAUGACAACGAAGAGAGAUGUGCUUAUACCGUGUGGAAUUACAAGAAAGUGUACAUGUGCCUGUGUUAUGGAGAUCUUUGUAACGGAACAAUGAAAACGACUAUCGCUAGUAGUUUUUUAAUAACAUUAUCUGUAUGUUUUACACGGUGGCUUAUUUGAGGAUGUAUAUGAUACUUCGUCGUAUGGAUGGGAUUAAAAUGAUUAAACUUCCUAUGUAUCCUUUAUAGGAAUCAGUACUCUUUGACGAAUAUGUAUGUUGUGAAUGUAUGUUGUGAAUGUAUGUGUAAAAUGUAAUAUGUGUUCUUUAUAAUGCAUACCUAAAUGCAUACCUAUACUCAUAAAAUAAUCACAAGUAAGACGUGUUUUAAUAUUAAAUGUAUUUUUAGAUAUUUUUUAUUUAUUAAUUAAUUUUGUUAAUUUGGAGUCAAUUUGAGAAAAAUGUACAAAAAUCUGUCAUUAAACGUUGACGCAGCAUUAGUGGGACAUUCAUAAUUAUGUUAUUAUUAAUUAUUAAUUUAAAAUGUAAUCUUGAAUAUAUCAUUCUUGUUCCCUCCGAAAAUAUACGUUAGUUUCUAACUAAUUACAUUUUAUUGUAGUAUGUCCACAAAAUUUUGAAAAU